AUGAACGAAGAAAAAUCAACAAAAAAUGCAUCUACAGUUCCAAAAGAUGCAGAAGGUCGUCGACGUAUCAAUAUCCAACAAAUGCAAAAUGUUCUUCUAAUCUGGUUAGACAGUAACAUUAAUGAAUCAAAUAAUGAUUGUCAAAAUACAAUCACAAAAUUACGAUGUGCUGUUAACGACAUCAAGACAUAUACAAAUGGUAAUCAAUGUCUCGAAUUUAUUCAAACAGUCGUCGAUAACAAGGUAUGCAUGAUUAUAUCUGGGUCACUUGGACAACAGAUAGUGCCUCGUGUGCACAAUAUGUCUCAACUUGAUUCGAUAUUUAUUUUUUGUGGUAAUAAAAAAUAUCAUGAACAAUGGACUAAAGAUUGGCCCAAAAUAAAGGGUGUCUUCACAGAUAUUACACCCAUCUGUGAAGCACUCAAGGAAGCUGCUCAUCAAUGUGAGCAGAAUGCUAUUCCCAUGAGUUUUGUGGGAACAAAUAAAAAGUUGGAUCAAUUAGACUCUUCUUUUAUGUACACUCAGAUCAUCAAAGAAAUUAUAUUAACCAUCACAUUUAAACAAAACCACAUCCAAGAUUAUUUUGAUUACUGUCGUGAUGCUUUUGCCGACAAUGAAGAAGAAAUGGUUAAUAUUAAACAAUUAGAAAGCCAAUAUCACAAGAAAACACCAGUUUAUUGGUACACUUGCCAAAUAUUCCUCUAUCCCAUGCUCAAUCGUGCAUUACGAUUGAUGGAUGGUGAUAUCAUUACACGUAUGGGUUUCUUCAUCCGUGAUCUACAUCGACAGAUUGAACAAUUGCACAAGGAACAAUAUGCUGGUACAACUGCUGCUAACACCUUCACCGUUUAUCGUGGGCAAGGUUUAUCUGCAAGAGAUUUUGAACAAAUGAGCAAAAUUAAAGGUGGUCUUAUUUCAUUCAAUAAUUUCUUAUCUACCAGUACGAUUCGCAAAGUUUCACUAGAUUUUGCUCAAGAUGCUGAAAGAAAUCCAGAUCAAGUUGGUGUACUUUUUAUCAUGGACGUCAAUCCUGCUCUAUCAACAACACCAUUUGCUUCAAUUGCUGAUAUCAGUGACUUCCAGAAGGAAGAGGAAGUCUUAUUUUCGAUGCAUAGCGUGUUUCGUAUACAGGAUAUUAAACAAAUGGGUGAAAAUAAUCGUUUAUAUGAAGUUAAUUUGGUAUUGACUGCUGACAACGAUCCAGAAUUAAGCAGACUUACUGAUUACAUUCGACAAGAGAGUUUUCCAAACAACAAAGGAUGGUACCGAUUGGGUUUGGUACUAUUGAAAAUGGGUCAAUUUGACAAGGCUGAAAACAUUUAUCAAGUUUUACUUGAUCAAACAAGAAAUGACAGAGAAAAGGCACCUGUUUAUCAUCGACUUGGUUUAACCAAAGAUGGUCAAGGAAAAUAUCAAGAGGCACUUGCAUUCUAUGAACAAUCAGUUGCUAUCUAUCUAAAAACUCUUCCUCCCAAUCAUCCUGAUUUGGCGAUAUCCCACAACAACAUUGGUAAUGUGCAUAAUAGCAUGGGUAACUAUCCGAAAGCACUUUCAUCUCAUGAAAAAGCUCUUGAAAUUAAACAGCAAUCACUUCCACCCAAUCAUCCUGAUUUGGCUUCUUCCUACAACAAUAUUGGGUUAGUGCAGUGCAGUAUGGGCAAUUAUCCGAAAGCACUUUCUUAUUAUGAAAAAGCCCUUGAAAUUCAACAACAAUCACUUCCUCCCAAUCAUCCUGAUUUGGCCUCUUCCUACGGUAAUAUUGGUAAUGUGCAUUACAACAUGGAUAAUUAUCCAAAAGCACUUUCUUAUUAUGAAAAAACCCUUGAAAUUCAACAACAAUCACUUCCAUCUAAUCAUCCCGAUUUGGCUGCUUCCUACAACAACAUUGGUAAUGUGCAUGCCGAUAUGGGUAAUAAUCCCAAAGCACUUUCUUAUUUUGAGAAAACCCUUGAAAUUCAUCAACAGUCACUUCGUCCGAAUCAUCCUACUUUGGCUGUUUCCUACAACAACAUUGGUACAAUGUACGAAAACAUGGGUAAUUACUCUAAAGCCCGUACAUUUUAUGAACGUGCUGUACAAAUUGGAGAACAAUCAUUACCUUCAAAUCAUCCUAAUCUUCAAAUGUAUAGAAAUAACUUGGAAGAUGUAAAAACCAAGUGA